AUGUCAAAGCUACCCUCGCAGGAGAGUAAAAACAACAUUGAAGAGCCAUUUGCCAAGGAAAAUGUCGAAGGAUCGUCAAACGACUCGGUUAAUCCAACAACGUCCAAGUUGUCGUUAGCGUUGAAAAAAGCCGGUGAAGAACUACCUGAUCCACACGAACAUCAUUUCGCACCGGAUGAGGAGAUUCUCAAGGAGGUCACGCAGAAGCUGACCAAUAUGAAGGACGAAGAUCUCACCAAGUCUGUUCCGGAUGUGACUUCAACUCCGACCGAAAACCCAGUCACUGUAGAUGGUCAAAUGACCAAAGAGUCUACGAGCCUAAAACAGCUGCUACAGUCUCACCUGGACGAAGACGUGAGUAAUGACUCAGACUCGGAAAGUGACGUGGAUCCCGCUAAUGAAGAGGACAUGGAGGACUACGUUCCUGGCGGAUACCACCCGGCAUAUCUAGGUGAAAGCUACAAAGAUGGUCGAUACGUUUUGGUGCGUAAGCUCGGGUGGGGCCAUUUUUCCACCGUCUGGCUUGCUAAAGAUACACAAGAAAAUAAACAUGUUGCUAUGAAGGUGGUGAGAAGUGCAAAGUCUUACCGGGAGACUGCGAUCGACGAGAUCAAGCUCUUGUCCAAAAUCAACCACACCGAUCCUGAUCAUCCAGGACACGCUCAUUUAAUCAAAUUGGUGGACUAUUUUGAUCACCAGGGAGCUAAUGGAACUCACAUUUGCAUGGUUUUCGAAGUGCUAGGGGAGAAUCUACUAAGUUUGAUCCGCAGAUACAAACACAAAGGUCUACCCAUCAAGUUUGUGAAACAGAUCGCCAAACAAAUUUUGUUGGCGGCCGAUUUUUUGCAUCGUCAGUGUGGUAUCAUUCACACUGAUAUCAAGCCGGAAAACAUUUUGCUGGAAAUUGAAGACGUGGAAAAGCUGGUCAAAUACCUGGAGGAUUCGCAGAAGGAGAGAAGACUUUUACGGCGAGUCUCUUCCAAGUUGAAGAGUUACAACUCCGACACGAGCUCGAACUCGAUUGACGACGAUAAUAAGCGGAUACCUUUCAGAAAGAGUCGAAAGUCUAGACGCCAAACACUUGUGACCGGAUCUCAACCACUUCCUUCGCCGCUGCGAUCCAGAUCUAAUUCUUCUUUUGUUUCUCCUUUGCAAUCAUCAAUCUCAACAUUUGCCGGAAGAACCAUUGGAAACAAUAUUAAUCCAUCGCACGCAUCACAUCAAGAUUUGCAAUCGCUGAUGAGCAAAACUUUCAAAGAGUCUGAUCCUUUCUCUGCGGAGCCACCACGCGAGGACGAGCUGGAGGACGACGACCUUAUCAGGGUCAAGAUUGCAGACCUUGGAAAUGCGUGCUGGGUAUACAGACAUUUCACCGAUGAUAUCCAAACGAGGCAAUACAGGGCCCCAGAGGUGAUUUUGGGAGCCAAUUGGGGAUGUUCGUCUGAUAUCUGGUCGAUUGGAUGUUUGUUAUUCGAGCUUCUAACAGGCGACUACCUGUUUGAUCCGACGGAAGGACCUAAUUUCAGCAAGAAUGAUGACCAUUUAGCGCAAAUCAUCGAGCUGGUCGGUCCGAUCUCGCGACACGUAUUGGAAGAAGGUUUCAAUACGAAAAGAUAUUUCCAUUCAGACAUGAGAACUCUUCGCCAGAUCAAGAAUCUCAAGCCUUGGCCUCUGGAAAGCGUUCUGAUGGAGAAGUACAAGCUCAGUGAAACAGAUUCACGAGAAAUCAGCGACUUCUUAGGCUGCAUGUUGAUCACUGAUCCAAAGUAUAGAAUGGAUGCUGCCGGAUUAUCUAAUCAUUUCUGGCUUAACGAUUGCAGUGUCUACGGGUACAUUGAUCACGAGCCGGGUACGAGGGGUGAAGAUGUUGGUGCUGGGUGUCAUUCUCACGGAUCGUUGACCGAUCUGUUUGAUGAGUUAGGGACGUUCAUGAGAGACGAGACUAACAGAUCCAAUCCAAGAGUGAAAGGAUUUAUACCAAGUAUUAUUGAUUAUUCGAUCAAGCAGUUAAAUGUCAAAAAUACCGAGUCACUGGGCAUGGUGUUCCGGUUCUUGGCUAAUUUUGUUGCUGAUUCGGAUGAAAACAGACAUAUAGUUUUACAAGACCCCCAGUCAGAGUCGUUUUUCACUUUGAUCAGAGACAAUCUGACCUCUGACGAGUACAACUUCUUUGUUCUUCAUUUUCUCAAUAAUUUUGUUCUGAGUUGCACAGACUCGAUACAGGCUCUGGUCCGACUUGAGAUGGAUACAAAGCUUGCUCAAAUGAAGGUUGAAGAGGACUGGAACGACCAAUGGAUAAGCUUACUUGAAGAGUUCAGUGAAGUUAGCACCUCGACCAUAAUGCUUAGAGAACUGCUCAAAGCCUCGCAAUACGAGCUCGUUCACACUGUCAGCAUGAACCAGCUUGAUCUUUCAAACGACCCAUCAUUGAUGCUUGAUCUGGUUCGGCAUCUAAACGAGACAACGAAGGACCAAACUAAUUUAUUGUUUCUUAGCGUGAUGAAUCUUUCGGCCAACGAAACCAACCCCAACGACCAGCUGGACGCGUAUUUUGAGCUGUUGAGAAGCCCGAAUCACGCUGCGCAGUCGCUUUCCAUGAUCAUCACUGGAAAUUACAUCAUGUCUGAGGAGAAACAACGACUCAUUGCGUCAAGGAUUGACGAUGUUAAUCGCUUGGUUGCAAUUCUCGAAAGCUUCUGCGAACUGGAGCAGUAUGAAUAUCUACAGGCCAUUCAUCUUCUCAAGAAACUAAUCGGAAACGAGAGUUUCCGUACUAAGUUUUCUGCGACGGCCGAUAGCAUGUUCUCAGCCAUUGUUGAUCAGCUGUACCAGCGGAGAGUUUACGAGACCAAACACAAAUUUGCAUUAAAACUAGCAUUGGAAUUUUACACCAAAUACGUCAAGUUCAUGAAGGAUGAACAAACGAAUGAUCUGAUAGAAUCGAUUACCAGAUGGAAACAAAAUGGUUGCAAAGACGAAGAAAUAAAUAGUGGGCUUCAGAGCAUCAUUUUCUCUAUAAUUCAGCAGAAGGAUGACACCAGUCUUUCGCACUUGGCAUUUGAGGGCUUUGAAAGUCAGCAAGGAUUUCAAAGACAACUGGAUCUUAACAAUUUCUCUGAAAAGGUAAAGAUUGUUGGAAUUUUAUUAGCGAGAGACUUAAAUACCAGAAAAGCGUCUUGGUUUGAAGCUGUUUUCAACGAGAUGAAAGAGACAAUAGACUUACUUCACCAACAACCUGACCUGAAGGAGGACCCACGACUUCGCUUCUAUAAAGAUUUAGCUUCACUCAUCCUUCUCCUUUUGGAGUUGAACCUCAGCAAAUAUACCGUGCCAGACCAAUUUAUAACUAUCUUGGCGUCCCGACAUCCAAGUGGACAGGAUCUGGUUGUAAAUAAUAAAAUAAUAAACUCCGAGACCAGUGAAGAUGUGCCACCAUCCAUGGCCCUCUGUGAAGACACCAAGUGGCAGACCAAGAAUGUUACGACGAACGUCGGUCAGUUGCGAGCACAGGACAAAAUCCAUGUUCCAGAUGAAAAAUCCAAAGAUAAAUAA